GUGUAGGUCAGAGCAGACUGCAUCAGCACAACAGCGGCUAAUUUUUGCCGCCUUACCGCAAACCACCAACGUUAAAAGCCUUACCGACAGGACAACUAGUACCAUUUAAAUUCCGCUAUUUGAGCUAGCCCGUUUAGCUUAGCCCGCUAGUUCCCCACUGUAGCCAACACCACGGAGGACAAUUGAAGGGAUACAGAGGAGAAAAAAAGACAGAAAAACCGAACAACUAGCGAGUCGACACAUGGACAUUUCUUCCCCUCCAUGAUAAACAGCGAACGAGACUUACCAAAGCAACUCGGUCGAACAAAAAACAAAGAUUCCCCGUGUGUGAACUCCUCAUAUUCAGUAAGUGAUGAAGCGUUAAGAGACACCGUAAAUCCAAUAUUACAGGCUUCCGGAAGUUGGAGUGGCAUGAGAAAGAGAGCUGUCCGAGGUGCUGACACUAAUUUGGGAAGAUGGAUGAAAAUCAAGAGUCAUCCUCUUGUAUCACCAACGCCCAAAACUCCAGCAGCAGCCCUCCCAGUAGUGAACCUGGCAGCGCUCCACAAUGCAACGGGGUCCCAGAGCACCGGACUCUGCUGCGGGUGUCUGAGUCCCACGGACUGCAGCUCCUGGGCGUGCUCAGAUCGUUGAGGGAGCGAGGCUUGCUGUUUGACUUCACCAUUAAAGUCCAAGAACGCAGUUUUCCCUGUCAUCGUUGUGUUCUUGCAGCAUGCAGUGAUUUCUUCAGGGCUAUGUUUGAGGUGGACAUGCGAGAGCGUGGUGAUGGUUCAGUGACUCUGGGUAACCAAUGUCCGGUGGCGGUCGGAUCGUUCCUUGACUUUGCCUACUCUGGAGAGGCACUCAUCACUGAAAGCAAUGUAGACAUGCUGUUUCAGCUUGCCUCCUUUCUGCAGGUAUCAGUCCUGUCCAGAGCGUGCAGUGACUUCCUGAUAGGAACCAUGGAUCUCUGUAACUGUCUGUCCCUCGUGUCCCUUGCUGAAGCCUAUGGCUCAGCCUCCCUCCUAAACAGUGCCAAUGAGUUUGUGGUUCAGAACUUCUCUGACCUUUCCAAAACCCAAGACUUCCUGGAUAUGCAGGUAAAUGUGUUGGAGGCAUGCCUAAGGUCAGAUGCUUUGAACAUGACCAGUGAGGAGGCAGUGGUGAUGUCACUUCUUAGAUGGAUACGGCAUGAUCUCCCAGGAAGACAGAAGUUGUUGACAGGACUGUUAUCUCUAACCAGACUGCACCAUAUACCUGCACCUGCACUAAAGACUCUGCGUAAUUCAGACACUCUGCUCAGUGAUGAUGAGUCCUGUGUCGCCCUGCUCUCAGAGGCCCAGCGCAGACAGACUCAGCACAACGGCCUCCUCACUGAUGCCAGGCCAGCCACUGCGCAGAGCUACAUUUACAUCCACAAGACGGAGGAGAACGGAGAGAUCCGCCAUACCUUCUGCUACUGUUUGGAAACAGACCAGUGGAAAGAGCUGGAAACAGGGCACGGGGAGGGAACAACCACACUCCCAGACCCACCUGGAUCAUACCUAACCAGCUAUGCUGAGAAGAUGUUUGUCACAGGUGGCUGUCGUGGAAACUGUUGCCGGGCAAUACGUCUCCAUGUGGCAGAACCAUUCCACGAUGCCACAGACGAGGUUUGGUGCUUCUGUCCUGUGACCCUAACCUGCACACCUGCACCGGUCAUGCUCAAGCCCCGCACCAUGCAUAUAGCUGUGACCUGCCUGAACCGAGUGUAUGUCAUUGGUGGACGGACCAAGGGACCCAGAGGAGGGGCUCCCAGCCUGCUGGAGGUGGAAUAUUAUAACCCUUUGACCCAGACCUGGUGCUCAGUCAGCCCGCUGCCCACUGCCAUCUUCUACCCUGAGGCCAGUACUUGUGGCAGCGUUAUCUAUACUCUUGGCUCAGAGGUGGAAAUCACGGACUCCUUCAACCCCUCACUGGACUGCUUCUUCUGCUAUGACGCCCAACAGGACCAGUGGAGCCGCCUGGUGGCAGAGUUUGGCCAGUUCUUCCAUGCUACACUGGUCAAAGCGGUGUCAAUUCAUAAUACACUGCACCUCUGUGACCUGUCCACUUAUAAGGUCUACAGUUUUUGUCCAGAGACCUGUGUGUGGAAGGGUGAAGGGUCAUUUGAGUGUGCCGGGUUCAAUGCUGGAGCAGUUGGUAUGAGAGACAGAAUCUACAUCUUGGGUGGAGAUUAUUCCCCUGAUGAGAUCACUGAUGAAGUUCAGGUGUACUACAGUGGGAGGAGUCAGUGGGAGGAAGUGGCACCCAUGCCCAGAGCACUCACUGAGUUCCACUGCCAGCUCAUCAGCUUCAACAGAUACAGAGACCCGUGGGGUGACACAGCAUGAUACACAGCAGACACACAAACAUGCACAACCACUCACCAAACAUGCGAGCGGAUGUACAUGUGUGUCGCGUGAUGUAAGUAACUACCCACGAUGAGUCUCCCUUGCCUUUCAAACCCGUACGCAUGAUGGAAAGCUAACACCUCAAGAGUGAUUGACAAUCAAGAGUUUGUCUCCAACUAACACCACAUCUCCUCUUACAGAUCAUCAUAACACGAGAGCACCUGAGCCAAAUGAUUUCUUUAUUUUUUUAUUUAAAGAUUUGAUUUCUUAAAAUUGUAUGUGUAAAGCAACUGCUGUCAUAGGCUCUUUGUAGUGUCAAUCUAAAUAUGGUCCCUCCCAUGGAGGAACCCUAUUGAGCAGAAGACUAUUUUAGAAAUCCUAUUUUAGUACCUGAAUAUUUUUUUUUGUCUGAUUAGUGUUUCAAAUGGAGAAUCCACUCAAAGAAGAACUCACGGUAUCUGUAAAUUUACCAGCUCUUACAGUUAGAAUAUAGAAAAUAAGACUUCAUUAUGUAAAACCUUUGAGGAUCUGUUUACAUUGCCUUGAGAAGGAAUUCAGCUUCCUUGACCUUACCUGAAUUCUGUGAUUUUGCAGCCUGAAUGGAUGAAGUUGUUGUGUCCUGGCAACAGUACACAAAAUAUGUUAUCAAGGGUCAAAAAGGGUCUCUAUAGGCACUUUGCCCUAUAAGAAAAACUCAUGAGAUGAAUGUAUAGUGGACUAUUUGAAAUCCCCCUCAACUAAAUGUGCAUCAGUUGAUAGUAAAGAUUAGAAAUUAGAAAUUAUUUUGUAAUAUUUUCAGAGAGUGGUUCUAUCAUAUGUGGCCUUUUCUAUAUUACUUUCCUGAUAAUCCUCUUGUAAUUCUUUUCUUCCAGCUGAUAGAGAGCUGCUCAUGUGUAUUAUACAAUUUACAACUCAACUAAAAUAGAUUCAUGGCAACACUGUGUAAAUUAUCUGGGUGGAUUUUCAUUUAAAAAAAAAAAACUUGCCUUUUUUCUGUUUCAGACUGUCGUGUAACCAUGCAUGCCCUGUUUUUCCUCUCAUGAUAUACUGCAUAUGGCAAUUCUACUGUACAUGUGACCACAGUUAAGAUCACCUGAUCUUCUUCAGUAAAUGCUUGUUUGAUGCAAAUGUCCAGCUUUACCCGUACCUAUAAAUCAUAAAGAAACACUCUGUAGCUUCAAAAAAUACAACAGCUUAAAGUUUCAGGAACCACAAGGAUAAAAAUAUAGCUUCAUGGUGUAAAUCAUGAAUUCACGUUUGUGUUGUAAAAAGAAAAAGAAUCCAACAUAUGAAA